AUGGAAGCUUCCCCCGCCACCGUCCAGGAACCGAGCAGCAGCGUCCUGUUCCAGCUCGGGCCGUGCAACUCCAGGUUGGUGGACCAGGGUCCCUUUAUUUCGUCAAGGUCUCCAGCAGAAGCUCUUGGACCCGUUCCUGGACAGCGUUUGGAGUUCAUCAUCACGAGACUCCACGACCUCCUGAGAGACAUCCAGAAAUUUUCCAAUGGUGCAGAGGAAAUACCAUUGGGCCCAUCCAAGUUACUUUUGUGA